AGCUCAGAAAUCGGGAAAUCGGCAGACACAUGCCAAGCGCUUCCUGUUCAGUCGAGCGAGCCUGCUCAGCGACAGCAGAUCGAGUGGGAUGCGGUUCAGGACGAGCGUAACCAUGGGCCAUAUAGAGCCGUCCCGGAAUCGCAGGCUGAUGGAACUGAACAAUGACUGUCUGCUGAUGAUAUGCGAACACCUUUCGCUGGGGGACCAACUGAGAUUGAUGGAGCUGCAGGAGGAGCGGCUGUCCGCUUUGCUGCUCCGCUUGUGGACCAUCAGAUAUGCCAAAUGGUUCGAUUUUCGCCGGGAGCUGCGAUUAAAGCUGCUUAAGCCCGUUGAGCUGGCCGAAUUAUUGGAUCACUUAGGCCAGCGAACCAGAGGCCUAAUUAACCUGCCCGGAACCGGCGAAGGUUGCCGGAAGUGGCUCGAACGGAAGCAUAAAGGCCUCAUCCAUUUGGAGAGGCUCAGUUUCACGAAAAGCAAUACCCUUGUGAUACAGAAACUACCCGAUUUGUGCCCGAAUUUGGUGGACCUCAAACUGGGAGAAGGCGAGGACUUAACACCCCUAGAUUUGGACCUUCUGCUUAAAUCCCUUAAACAACUCAGAGGAUUUGAGCUGCGUUCUCACUCGCAGUGCAGCAGAUUUAAGUACCAGUAUCCCAGAAAUCUGGAAACCCUGAGACUGCCCGCCUGCAUGGUAACUGCCAGCGCUACUGAGAUCUUUCAAUUGCCCGAGUUACGUGAGCUGACAGCUUUUCUGUGUCAAAACUCGGGGCACGGUCACCUGGCUGCGGAUGCCGAUGACGAUGGCAAGGCAAGUGGCAGUGCCACAGGAACUUUGUCCGCGUGCCUGCAGCAAAUUCGGGGUCGCAGCUGUCGGAUUGUGGGACUCCGUUUGCAGUGUCGACUGGAUGACUGGCUGCUGCCAGUCGGCGCCGUGGAGGAGGCAUUCCGGUUGCACUGCUUCGCCUGGCACUCGCAGCUGACGGUGCACUAUGAUGUGGCGGAUGGGAGCGUCAAGUGGAUGCCACAGCGACCGCAGGCGGUGCGCUCCCUCCUCCGAUUCCUUGCCACCCAGGCGGCCAGUUUGCGGGAAUUGGAUUUCACGCGUAACGCACAUGCCACGCCCACAUUCCUGGCCCAGCUGGACGCCCACUUGAAGCGGGCCGGCGGAUGUCCUACCACCCAACUGACAAAUACGGAUACGAAUGCGAAUGCGGAUGCGGAUACGGCUGAGACAAACGAUUUGGCGUUUGUCGAGCUGGAAUUGCUGCAUUUGCCUAAUGAACAAACGGAAGCGAGCACCGGAGAGAUGACAGCGAUGAGGGAUUAGGCCAAAAGGAUAAUGGAUGGGGCAACUCAUCUGAUUGCUGACGAUGGUGGGCGCAUAAUAGCAAAUUAAGCCAGAGGCAAAUGGGAAUUUGCA